AGUCGCCCGCUUUUCACAAUGACAACACGAGCUGGGAGUCUUGCUUUCUUGUAGCCCAGGCCGUCUUUGACCGUGGUUCAGAUGCAGCAUCUGCUCUGACCCUCCAACCCACGAUCCUCGAAGCCAAAUCAUGGACAGAUCCGCGAGGAGCCACUGGGUGCGCAUCCCGCUCCGGGUCCCGGUGCUUCCCGCCAGUGAUCCCACGCAGCACCUCGAUGGUUUCCGGUCGAGCCGAGGCAUCGGGCCGCCGCUCGGCACCCAGGCACCAUUGCCAUCGUCGCCAUCACCGUCUUCGCCCCCCGAGCAUGACCGCGAAACCAACAACGGCACCAGCGGUGGUGGCAAUAACAGCACCACCAGCAGUACCAUCCACAGUUUCCAGCGCCUCCCCAACGAGAUUAUAGCCCUGAUCAUCUCCUUUGUGCUGCAAGAUACCGCCCCGCCAGGCCGAGUGUUCCACUUCAGCAACUACGCCUCCGGCGGGCAGCGCCACCGCGACCCCGUCGGCUUCCACAACAUAGCGCAGUUCACCCCGCGCCGUAUGGGCCCGACGGUCUGCAUCUCUCGCUAUGCCCGCGUGUGCAGGGCCUGGCGGGACCUCGUCUACGCGCACUUCUACGGCAGCCCGCGCAACGGCUUCCACUUCCGGAUCUGUGGCGCCGGGCAGGACCGUGGCGGCGGCGGUGUUGGUGUUGAUGGUGGUGGUAGUGGUGGUGGUGCUUGGCUCCGGUGGUAUCACGCCGACUCGCGAGGUGAUGUGCUGACGAAUCUCGACGAGGUGCGUGAUGGGCUGGAGAAGGGAGGGACGCAGCGCUGGCUGCAGGUCCUGAGUCGGGAGCAGACGGCUCGCCUGAUGGAGCAGCGGAAUGCGCUGGGCGUCCUGACGAGCCACACUGCGAGGUGGGUCAGGAGGGCGACCCUGAGUGUGUUUGUGAGAAGGACUCAAACCAGAGCGGACAAUGACCACUUGCUAGAGCUGGUCGACAAGGCGGUCGACUUGCUCGGUGGGGAGAGGACGGGGUUGCGGGACUUGCAGGUCCAGCUGCACUAUGAUGGUGGGUAUCAGUGUCAGAUGUCGUACACGUUGCGCCUAGUGCCGACGACGGUGGAACGGCCAGACGACCGGCGGUGGUGGCUGGGCCUAGAGGACGGCCAAGAAGAUGCGCAGCUAGAGAACGGAGUUGAGGCUCUGGAACUGGACACAAUCGAGCUGACCAAGGUUGGCUGCUAUGAAGCUCCCCUACACAGCACGACUGCGAGGAUUCUGAACCCUCUGCUGAGGCUGAGGGGCGUACACAAGUUCGGCGUGGGUGGCUUGGUCACGGGAGACUUUUCGAAGCAGUUGACAGAAGCGGUCAUGGAAUCAAGCCCAGUUUGAAUAAGUUCGCGGAACGAUGCCGUCCAUGUAUUGAAGGGGCUAG